UAGUUGAAGUAAUAUUUAGGAUACGAAGCAGGCACAAGCACGAACGCAGGUAUAACCAUAGCAAGAAGAUUGAAGGUAAAGGAGUGAUUGGAGUCGGUAACGAAAGCAUGAGAGGUGCUACCGUUUGGCGACUAGCGAGACGAGCGCGUGUUCCAUUCCAACGAGCAACGCAGAGUGCGGUGUUCAUCCCCCGCGGCCCCAGCGCAACGCCGUCGUUUCACCGCAAUGCUUUCUCCUCCGCCACGCGCGCGCCUCCGUUUCGAUUCUCCACCGGCCAACGGAGGAGCAUGUUCAUCCAAACGCAGGCCACGCCGAAUCCCUCCUCGCUGAUGUUCUACCCCGGCAAGCCCGUCAUGGAAGUCGGAAGCGCCGACUUCCCCAACCCUCGCUCCGCCAUGAACUCUCCUCUCGCCAAAUCGCUCUUCGCAAUCGACGGCGUUACGCGCGUUUUCUUUGGAUCCGAUUUCGUCACCGUUACCAAAUCGGAAGACGGCGCGUGGGAAUUCCUCAAGCCUGAAAUCUUCGCUGCGAUUAUGGACUUCUACUCCUCCGCUCAGCCUCUCUUUUUGGAUUCUCAAGCUGCCGCUGCUAAGGAUACAGCUAUUCACCAGGAUGAUUCUGAAACAGUUGCCAUGAUCAAGGAACUGUUGGAGACUCGAAUUCGACCGGCAGUGCAAGAUGAUGGUGGGGACAUUGAGUAUCGAGGUUUUGACCCAGAUACUGGUAUAGUGAAACUUAAAAUGCAAGGGGCAUGUAGUGGCUGCCCAAGUUCAUCAGUGACUCUGAAAUCAGGCAUUGAAAAUAUGCUGAUGCAUUAUGUUCCUGAGGUCAAAGGUGUGGAACAAGAAUUGGAUGCUGAAGAUGAUGGAACAACAUUAAGUGGACAAAUAAAUUAGUUGAAACUAUUUAUGUUUUUUAUUAAAUUUGCAGCCUACAUUUAGUCUCGUCAUACAUUUCACACUCAACAGAGACUUCGAAGUACAACUGCAGUACGUUAUGGAAACAGAAAGUGUGGGUGUAUAGAAAAAUAUAUUGAAUAAGUCGUGAGUUGGAUACAUUGAGUAUGGCACGAAAUCAUGGUUCCAAGCUAGCUGGAUCUUGCUGACAUAGGAUGAAGGUAAUUUAUAACACGAUGUCAUUACAGACAGACGGUGUACUGUACCCUGUUCUUUUCGGCCUGCCUAGCUAUGAUUCUUUGUCUUUCCUUCAUAGUAAGGUUGUUACAAGAGUACAAGAGAUUGUUUGCCUAUUGCCAUGUGUCCACUGUUCAGACACCUUUAUUGAUAUCUUCAUUUGGUAAUGACUUGCGAUUUCCUCCUGGUUAGCUAGAGGAAGAAGGCAUGGGUAGUUGUUGUUUUGUCGCCUGUUAUUGGAAUUCCAAUUCUUUUGGCCAAUCAUGGAUAGCUUGCAUCUUUAUUGGAUCAAUGAACAUUCUCUUCCGCCCAAAUAACGUGAACAAGAAUACAAGAUACUCCACCUUCCUCAUAAAAAAGACUGCUUUUGUUUCCCAUAUUAUAUAUUGCAUGGUAGAACUUCUCCCAAGUGUUCUCCUUCAUUCUGGACUCAAGGAUGUCCGAAGAAAAAGAAAAUAAACUACCAUGAAUUUCAGAGUUACUACUCAAAGAUAAUGUUUAUUGUUCCUCGAAAUGUGAAUGGAGGCAUUAGUCAAGUCAAAAUGCACGACUGCAUGAGUACAAACUAAUAUUGACCUAAAUGUGUUCAGAAUGUAAUUUUCUCUGUUUUUAGAUUUUAUCAAUUCUUGAUGUUAGUACCA